CCAAACUAACCUGACCCUAACCCUUGGGUUUGAUUUCAACCCAUUUUCGUCCCUUUAAAACCCUCCAAAAUGGCUCCCUUCCAACCCUUAAUUUCCCUUGUCUCUCUCUUCCCUUACCUUUGCCAGUUCCAUUUCCUCAUUUUAAUUUUUCUCACUUGUUUUCUUGUAAACCAACGAUCAGCCAGUCGACCUUGGGAAGCUUAGGAAAUAUUGGGGUUCAACUUUUUUGCGAGGAGGAGGAGGAAAGAGUAGUAAUUGCUGCUGUUAUUGAGCCAUGAGUUGCAACGGAUGCCGAGUCUUACGAAAAGGAUGCAGCGAGUCAUGUAUUUUACGUCCAUGUCUGCAAUGGAUCGACAGUCCCGAAGCGCAAGGCCAUGCGACCGCUUUCGUUUCCAAGUUCUUUGGUCGUGCCGGGCUCAAGUCGUUCAUCUCCGCCGUUCCAGAAUCUCAACGUCCUGCUUUAUUCCAAUCACUUUUGUUCGAAGCUUGUGGGAGAACGGUGAAUCCUGUGAACGGAGCCGUCGGUCUUUUAUGGACAGGGAACUGGCGUGUUUGCCAAGCGGCAGUGGAAACCGUCUUACGAGGAGGAACUCUAAGGGCGAUGCCUGAACUUAUGGCUCCCACACCAUCCGAUGAAACAUCGGAAGCUACAAUUAUCUACACGUUGAAGUUGCAAGAAACAUCGAUGAAUCUUAACUCGAACUGUCGGUUUUCCUGUUCGAGAUCUAAGGUUUCACCUAAGCGUAUCAGAGUCGAAGAAUUCAGUAAAUUUCAUUCGUCUGAUCUAGAUCUUCGCCUGACUCCAAGAUCCACGGGCAAUGGGCUCUCCCAUAAAAGACGACCCGGGAAUCCGUCGUUGAACUCGGAGGAAUCUGUUACGACUACAUGUUUUGAAAGUGGUUUUGCAGCUCAAACCGGAGAAGCAGAUAAAAAGUUAUUAAACUUGUUUGUCUGAAGAGAAAAUAAAAA